UCGAAGAUGCACGGGGACGGAAAGUUGCGUUGCAACUUAUGCGGCCACCUGUUUCAGGGGGGGUCGUCGAAGGCCGCGCGUCAUUUCACGCAGUCGAAGUUCUGCAAGGCUUGGGGGAAGAGAGUUCUCGCGAAACUCUGGAACGGCACGGACUACACAUUUGUGCCGUCCACUGCUCAUCGGGUGCAGAGGUGGAUGGCAGACAAGGGUAUACGGGACACAACGACAAUCAGGACGCCCUCGAUGAGGAGGAGGCUCAGGAGGGCCGCGAGGGUGGGGCCAGGGAGGGGGCGGUUGCAGACGAGGUAGACGAGGCAGUCGGAGAGCCUAACCUGCCGGGGGAGGAGGUGGUGAUGACGUCGAGAGGCGUCGGUGGAGCGGGUCCUGCUACUAGGGCGCCGCGAGAUGAGCUGGACCGCGCAAGGAGGGAGAAGAGCACAGUGGGGCAGACUGGCGUCGAGGUGCUAGACACGGGCAGGGAGAAGAGGGCUCGGCAGACCACGAUUUGGAUCUACGUGAAGAAGUUGCCAUUCAACGCCUUCCGUGGUCCUGAGUUCCAGAGGGUGCGGCAUGCAGCAGAGAGAGUGCCUCGGUCUAUCCAGUUCCGGUUUCCCUCCUUCAGGGUUACAGCGGGGGCCGGAAUCCCUUCGCAGAGGGCGAAGGUGGCGAUGAUGGUGAGCGAGGUGCGCACCACUUUCCGGCACAGCGGUGCCAGUAUCCUUUCCGACGGGAGGAAGUCGCGCAGCGGCAAGCCGCUCGUGAACUUCCUGGCAGGGGGCGCCAAUGGCGCCCUGCUGUACGCCACCGUCGCACGUGAUGGGUCGGUCCGAGACACAGCGGAUGUCAUGUACCGUAGGUGGCGGGCCAUCAUCUUGUCCUUUCCUGCAAAGGACGUGAUCGGCUUCUGCACAGACUCCGCCAGUAACUAUACGGCGGCAGCGCGCAGGCNCCUGUUUAGGAAGGUGAGCCCUCGCGUUCAGCUCGUCAAGCCCGUUGAGACACGGUUUGCAUCGGUUUUCCUGAUGCUGACGUGUCUCAAAGGCCAACGAGACGCGUUGGAGAGCAUGUUGCACGGGGAUGCUUGGGCACGCAUCCCAUGGGAUCCCGCCCACGUAUCUCAGGCGCAGUGGGUGCAGCAGCAGAUCCGGGACGGGGAGUUUUGGCAGCGUGUCCAUUACGCCAUCCUAGUCAUGUCGCCCGUCCACCAGCUGUUGCGCAGGAUGGAUAGAGGUGGGAUGAUGAUGUCCGUCGUUUACGAGUGGAGUCAAUAUCUGCUGCAGUUGAUGAGGAGGGUCGACGUGCCUGAGGACAUGAUCGAUCCGUGCGUGCCGGAGAGGAACUGGGCGGAGCACGAGCGCGUCAACACGACGAGGCGCUGCAAGCUUGGGUUCGCCAAGCUUGCACAGCUGGUUGAGAUUGCCACCAAUCUCAAACUGGCCUCGUGCACACGACAGGGUGGUGGUUACGUGUUGCCAUGGGUUAUGGGGAGCGGUCGAGGGGGGGCGGCGGCAGAGGAGGAGGAUGAGGAGGGAGAUGUGGAGUCCGAGGUGUGGGGCGCACGACCUGAUGGCAGUGUUUCCGAGCAGGAGAUCCAGCGGCAGAUUGUCGCUUUCCGUGACAGCCGACCGUCCAGAGCCCGUUCGGUUCGGGACGUGUUUGGCAGCAGAGCGACGGAGCUGCGACCGUGGCCGGAGGGUGGGGAUGAUGUGGACGCUGCUGCGGCAGACGACGACAUCGACGACGACUGGACUGACGAUGAUGACACGCCGCUGAGUCGCGACCCGAUGGCUGAGCGAGUGUACUUCACUUACGGUGGGGGUCGUGACGACACAGAUUCAUUCACAUCAGUUAUCACUGGAACUGUGCCGUCGACCAGGCCGGCGAGUGGCAGCAACAGAGCCGGCGGUGGUCAUGGACGACGUUCACAUGCGGAGGUUCGCGUGGACGACUCGGAGGAGCAGCAGGCACGGGGAGGUCUUCGGCACAUAGGCAGGCGUUGGGAGGUGAGGAGCGACAGCGAGGCGGAGGGGGAGGCCGAGGAUGAGGAGGUGCACCUUCGCGAUCGUCGCUUCUCUCCCUCCCAUCAUCCGAUCUCUGCACAGCCCGAGGGGGAGCCACUUAGGCGUUCGGAGAGGUUGGCGUCGGCAGCAGGCAGAGGCCGGACACAUGACUGCGAGGAUCGCGGGGGGGAGAGGACUCCUUCCUACGCCGGUAUCCGCCGCCGUUCGCCAUCGGUGCUCCGCACACAGGACUUCGAGGACAUAGAGCUUGGCGGGAGCUUGGGAGAUUUGAGUGUCGAGGGACGUCGACGUGCCUCACCGCAGGAUGUGCGCACAAACGCGGACGUUGAGCGGGGCCCUGUUGAGACAGAGGAGGAGAGGGAUGCCCGUUUGGACCUAGAGGAGGAGGAGCGGCUGAGGAGUUUGCCACAGUGGGAGGGUUGGUUCGCGUAUCUUGACGAGCAGCGUCGGCAGAGGGACUUGGAGACAGGAGGGGAGGGGAGCCGUGACGUCGACGACUCGGGUGUCCCUGAGGAGGCGAUUCAGGGCGAGUUCGAUUAUGAGGGGCAGGAUGCCGCCGUGGGUGUCCCUGAGGGGCAGGAUGUUGUCAUGGGCGGCGGGUCCCCUAGUGGGGGCCGUGGCGAUAGCGAGGCCGCGGGUGAUGAGGGACAGGGUGCCGCAGCGUGCGACAGAGGAGGGGGUGGACCCGGUGGAGAUGGGGAUACCGCGGGUGCCGGUGGAGACGAUGGACCAAAUGGCGACGAUGACGACGACCACGGUCCGGAGGAUGAUCCAGAUAGGCUCGCCUUGGUGUUGAGGGACCCCACAGUGCCUCCCAUGCGCCCUGACGGCACAGCGCACACUUUCUUGGACGACGACGCUUUGGCGCAUGCGUUGACGGAUGACCGUUUCGCACACAUGGGCCGCAAGAGCGGCAAGCAGCAGGCCCCUGGGAGGGCGUAUUCACCGCCGCCGUUCACAGUGGUGAGCCCUCACUGGUCGGGUUCGUUGGUCAGUGGCGUUAGAGGGAGGGAGUUUGGUGCGGGUGAGGUGGGGUCCGGCACACGUAGCGACGGUGGCAGAGAUAGUGCAGGAUCGAUGCCUCCACCACCCGCACGGACUGCGGAGGGCAGGGUCGACACCGGGGACUGGACGGUGGCACCCGGAGUUGCGCACAGUGGCGGUUCCCCGCCGCCAGUCCGAGGAGGUGUGGGUGGCGGAUGGUCAACUAUUCAUCGGGUCGGGGACCGGUUGCGGGCGGAUUACGACGCCGGGAGGGGCGUCUUCACGGGACGUGUGCCUGCUUAAAUGCCGGCUGAGGAGGGCGGGUCCGGACGUCCGAGCCUGCAGAUGGCAGGUCGCAUGCUUGGUUUGUCACGAGCGGA